AUGGAGUUCGACUAUUACUACAACGGAGAAGACGAAGCCUUUGAGGAGUACUUCAAGUUCGUGAGACAAGUUGCGUUGGAGGAUUACGAGUUGUGCGUUGCUGCACAACAAAAUCUCUAGAGAGGUGUGUAUGUGGAAGGGGUGCUAAACCCCGAGAAGGAAAGCGGAGUGAUAUGUGGGUCUACUCUAUAUCCACCAAGUUGAUGAUUAACACCAGUCUGCCUACUUAGAUUACCAACAACUGGUCAGAAAUCUAGUCCUAGAAAAGUACAAAGCCGAGAGGGCGGAAGCAGGGGAGGAGGCAGCAAACGACAGCACCUCCCGCGUUUCCGCAGUUAAUCAAGCACCACCGGGGCCCUCCGGGUCGACAACAGUCGGCGUCGGAGCUUGA